AUGUUGCCUCAAAGCAAAUACUUCGCAAAGACGUUUCUAGUACUAGCGUUAUUCUCCAUAACCUACACCAUCACGAGCCUCUACGUGUUGUACUCUCAAAACCACACCGUACUACCCUCCUUCUUGUACGCAAAAGACUCCAUACCAGAAUACAUUUCCUGCUCCCAUCCAGAAAAAGGAAACUUCCUAGACUCGGUGGGCGAGGAUCCAAAACCGCCGAAUUCUAUUUUCUUUCACGAAACGACUUGUGUGAACUUUUUACGAAACCGCGAAGCUUGCUCCGUCGAAUCUGCUGCUAGAGCUCAUCCAGACAAGAAAGUUUAUGUUAUAUUCGCAAGUUCGCUUAAAGAGAUCGACUGCAGAACUGGCGUUAUAGCCGCGCUGUCUAACUUACCAAACGUAGAAUUAUAUAGAAUGAAUUUAAAAACUUACAACCUGAACACGCCGUUACAGAAUGUGUCUCUGCUCCGUUUGAUGUGGCUUGGGAAGUGGAACAAUAGGAAAACUAGGGAGUUGAUUAAGACCUUGACCUUGCAUAAGUUCGGGGGGAUAGUUAUAGAUUUGGAUGUGAUGGUGGUGGGUAAUUUAGACAAAUUGGGAGACACUUGGGCGUCGGCAGACGGCGAUGGCUUCGGGUCUUCGAUCAUUUCUGUGCAGCGCGGGCUGUCGGGGAUGUAUUAUUCGAGGCAUUUCUUUAGGACGCUAAAGCAGCACAUCGCUUUCGACCUGGGGCUGAGUCUGGAUUCGCCGCUGAAAGACUCGCUACAGAAGCUGUGCAACACCACUAACGUUACUGAGAUGACAAGGGAGAACUGCAAAGGUUUUCAAGUGUACAGCUCAGAAUUCACAAGCUUAAAGUCCCCCAAAAGCCAGAAACGCAACGCCACUGCAUCAUAUCUCGGAUACUAUCUCUGGGACGAGCCCAGCGCCAACCGGACCGAUAUCCUACCGAAACACUCAUUCUACGCUAGACUGGCGGAGAAGUACUGCCCUAAGGUCUAUAGCGAAUUCAUGGCUUAUGAUGAGAACGAUAAGAAUAUACAAUUGUAA